AUGGCACAGUUGAAAGUACUCAUCGUGGGAGCCGGGAUUGGUGGCUUGACUGCAGCACUGGCUCUGAGACAGCAAGGACAUCAAGUUACCCUUCUGGAGUCCUCGAGCUUCAGUAACGAAAUUGGAGCAGCUAUCAAUAUUCCGCCUUAUUGCGAUGGUGUCUUGAAAAGACUAGGAAUUGAUCUAGGGAAAAAUGAUUGUGUUGGCGCAAUUGAAUGCACCGGGUGCACGAUCUGGGCUGGUGCUGUUGGCCAAAAGAUGAUCUCACUGGAUUAUCAUGCAGAGAGUGGCAGAUGGCAGCAUGCAAUUUCGAUCGAGGGGGCUGGGAAGCCAUGCACCCUCCGACUGGGAUCGAAAGUGGUAUCAGUGGACCCAGACGAAAGCGAGAUCGUUCUUGCGAAUGGCGAACGAUUACAUGGAGAUUUGAUCCUAGGAGCGGAUGGAGUCCAUUCCCAAUGUCGCAAGGCCCUCGAAGGAGGAGCGGGCUACGUCCCUUUCGAUAGUGGAAUUAGCGCUUUUCGCUUCCUCAUCCCGACCCAGACUCUUCAGGACGACCCUCUUACAAAUGAAAUGAUCAAGUCAGAUGGUAACCUGACCGUAGUCAUGGGGACCGGCGUCAGACGCCUCGUGUGCUAUCCCUGUGCAGGUUACAAGACGACAAAUUGUAUCUACCUGCAUCCAAGCCAUGAAUCCAGAUCACAUCAAGCCAAGGGAAAUGGUUCAAAGAAGCAAUUGAUGUUGCAAAUUGCGAGCGAGUUUGCAUUGCCAGUCAAGGCAAUUUUGGAAAAGGCCCCUGAGGAUGAAACCAAUAUUUGGCCAUUGCUCGACUUGCCUGAAUUACCAACAUGGGUCAAUGGAAGACUGGCCCUCCUUGGCGACGCUGCUCACCCUUUCCUACCCCACCGAGGAGAAGGUGCCGCCCAAGCAAUUGAAGAUGCUGCAUCGCUUGGAGUACUACUCCCACACGGUACGACUGUCGAUGAAAUCCCCGAGAGACUUGCACUAUAUGAGAAGUGCCGGAAAGAGCGAGCCACGCGUAUUCAGAUCGCCUCUCGCGUGAACAGCCAACCCAUGGAAAUUCAAAGAAAAAAGGAUUUUCCCGUAAGUCAAUACACACCACCCAGGCCGAAUCUCGAUUUCAGUCACGAUGAAUUUCAUUAUUCUAGCCAAGCCUUGCAAAAGGCGGAAUGGUCCAAGAAGAUAUCGCAUUGGCGUCAGCCUAUUUCAUUUGGACCAUUGCUUAGUCCCCAUCAGUAUAACAAUGGAAGCAUCACUGACGGAAUUUCUGGUAUUCACCCCCAAAAGACCGUCCGGUCUAUUCGGUUUGCCACAUCCAAGACAUACCUAGAAGGGCUUCUGCCAACUGAGUCUUUCUCGUUUAUCCUGCCUGAUACCGUGGUACAGGCCUCCUUUAUCCACACCUCGUUCCAAAAAUUGUCUUGGCUGGGCGGAUCAGGAUAUGACCGUGUCGGGCUAUAUAUCCACGGGACGCAAUAUACAUCUCACAAAGGAGAGGCGGUCCAUGGGACGUUCGUUCCCAUUCUGUUUGAGAACCUAGCCGAUGCAGUCGUCUCCCAGCGCGAUGAGUGCGGUGCUCCUGCAUUGUACUGCGAUAUUGAGACAGUCGAUGAUGGAAGUUUCAAAACAAUUGAAAUGAGUUGGCGUGGUACAGCGUUUGGUAGACUUUGCUGGUCUCAGUUGCAUGGAGACAGCACCAGUGAUGAGAAGGAAGCUGAUGAACUCCAUCGAGAAACUCCGGCUAAGCACAACUCCGACUUAGGAUUACUGACUUAUCGCUAUAUUCCGGCUGUUGGGAAACCCGGAAAGGCUGACGCGGAGUACGCUGUACUCGAGCCCUAUAAAAAGACACCGCUGGCCGACGAAGAUGAAGAACAACAAAAUGAAGACGUUUCAAUUGGGAUUUCUCAAUCACUAGAUGACAAACAAAAACAGCAGUGUUCGUUCAAUUUCACUGCCGGCCAUGUGAAAUGCAUUCCGACCAUCCAUCAUAUUGUCAAGGUUCUGCAAGGAAUACCUGUAUAUGGCGUUCUGGAAGCGAAAGUGGAAACUGUUGAAGGAGGAGAUGACUUCAGCCAUGCUUUUCGGAUUGACUAA